UAACCACUUGCUACAAUGACUUAGCUACUAUAUCUUAGGACUUUUGAGUGUGAAAGAGAGACAUGUUGCUAUUAUUAUUUCAACUAUGGGAUACAGCUAAACCUCCUCCCUCAUCAGUCACCAAUACUCAUUCGUUUUUGUCUCUUGUUCAUCUGAAAACCUCUUCCAACAUACAAAGAGAGCAACAAACAAUGCAUGCUAGUGCUGGCAAGAGGCACUACAAGUUAUGUGCCUUGACAGCAAUUGUUCUUAUAGCUCUUUGGUCCAUGUUCACAGGCACAGUCACCCUCAAAUGGUCCACAAACAACGUUAAUCAAUUCUCAGAUGGAUUGGAUUCUAUGAUUCUUGAAGAUCUAGAUGUGUUGGAAGUGGAGGAGAGAGAGAAGGUUGUUAAACACAUGUGGGAUGUGUACACUCGUAGUCAUAGCAACUACAUUGGAUUACCUCAGUUUUGGUUGGAAGCUUUUGAAGCAGCUUACGAGAACAUGGUCAGUGAUGUUCCUGCUGUUCGAAACACUGCAGUUUCAGAAAUUGCCAAGAUGUCACUGGCGCUGCGCUCACAAAUUUUACAUCGACUUCCUCUUCAAAUUGAAUCACCAUCUCAUGUGCAGAGCAGCAGGAGAUCAAGAAAACUUAAGCACGACAAGACUCAGAAGAAAUUGGAUCAUUAUGAAGACCAUGCAUUUAAAAAUGAAACAAUCUUACCUCCCAAAUGAAAAGAAAAAAAAUCUAUAUGACUGUCUAGGUUUCUAAAUUUGAAUUAAACCUACUUGUAUAAAUCUUAUUCAUGUAGAACUGUUACUCAUUGUGGUCCAAAAAAAAAGAGAAGAAAAAUAACUACUGCUCAUUGCAUAUUUA